AUGAAGAAGCUGUGCGUCUUGCUAGCACUUGCAGCAAGUCCGCUCGCAACCCUCGCCGAACAGCACAACGCUGCCAUCGGCAUGCUCAACUUCCCAUCCCCCUUCCCCUGCAACUCCGAAGACUGCUGCUUCGCCACCUCCUGCGCCGUCAGCGUGGGCUUCUCCGGGUGCUUAUUCAACAGCGACACCGUCUUCCCCGGCAGCUGCCGCUCCAACAUGGAGAACCCCUCCGCCAGCCUGCCGGUCCUGGGCUGCGAGAGCUGGCAGAUGACUUGGGGCCACAUAGAUGCGUUCGGGACGGUCGUGGCAGUCGUGGGGCCGGAGACGGCGUACGAGUUUGUGGUCGAAGGGUGUACGUCGGAAAUGAGCUUUGGGGACGAUGGGUGUCAUACUAAGCCGUCCUGUGAGACGGCUCAGUUGUGUGGGUUUGAGCGGUGUGAAAGCGGACGGCCGACGAACAGUAGCACAUCUGGCUUAUGA